AUGGUCGGAGUCAGGGUAUUCCUGCAAAAAAUCCUGAUUCUUCUGCACGUUACUACGUGCGUGGUCAUUGGCAAAACACUGAUGAUACUGUUCCCCAACGCCAUGAAAAGAUACAUCCUAAAACAGGGCGAAAAGAGCAGAAUGAAUGAGAAUCCAAAGUUCAGCUACGAAAACUGGGGUCCGACUUUUUUUAGCUUCAAGUAUUUGCUCUUUGUGCUGAAGGUGAAGUGGAAGAGGCUGGAGGAUGAAGCCUAUGAGGGACAUCCUGCUCCCAACACACCGGUAGUGACCUUCAACGGGGAAGUUCGUCACCUCCUUGAUUUCAUGCAAGAUAACCGACCUUUAAUCCUGAAUUUUGGAAGUUGCACCUGACCUUCAUUUAUGUUGAAAUUUGAUGAGUUCAACAAGCUCAUCAAAGAUUUCAGCUCAAUAGCAGAUUUCCUUAUCAUUUACAUCGAAGAAGCUCACGCAGUAGAUGGAUGGGCUUUUAAAAACAAUAUUGUUAUUAAAAAUCACAGAAGCCUUGAAGAUCGAAAAAUUGCAGCACAAUUUCUUCAGAAAAAUAAUCCUUUAUGUCCGGUGGUUUUAGACACCAUGGAAAACCCGAGCAGUUCAAAAUACGCUGCACUGCCGGAACGACUGUAUCUACUUCAAGGAGGGAAGGUCAUCUACAAGGGAGGAGUGGGGCCUUGGAAUUAUCACCCCCAGGAAAUACGCGCCAUCCUAGAAAAACUGAAAGAGAAAAAGAGGACUUCAGAGUAAAGACUAUCUGGAUAAAAAAGCUCAAUGAAUAAGUUUUCAUAGACAUAAAAAUAACAAUACAGACAACAAGAAAAAGAAUAACGGAUGUGUAUAUAUAGAUACCUGUAAUAUGGUUCAUUAUGUGUUUGUCCAGAGGUUUUCAAGCCUCAUCGCUACAACCCCAACUACCGCACUGUAGUAUCUUACUACACUUAUACCACACACAGUAAUGAAGAGUAGUUGGGUCCAUUGAGCUGUCAGGACUGGAUACCAAUGUUUAUAAGGAGUACCGUGCAGGAUAAACUUCAGGGGUGGUGACUUUUGCAAAAGUCGACUGGCAUGCAAAACAACCGAUUUCACAUUAUUAAGAUUCUCUUUCUCUUGUAUACAUACAAUUUGCCUAAAUGGUCACUUUCGCUGACUUCAGAAGGCUUCUGAGUAAGACAAUUUCUAUCAACAUUUGUUUCUAUUAAUAUUUGUUAUGACAGUCAUAGCAUAAAGCACAGAUUGCUGUGACCUGAUUGUAGAAAAUACUUAUAGAAACAAGGGAUUGAUCUGCAAUUAUUAAAAAACUA